GGGAGAAAAAGUGAAAUGUGGGGGUGCCCCUCCCCCAUCGAUCGCAACUUGCAAUCCCCCCACACACACCUGACUAGCCUUUUUUUGUACCCCCCUCUCCCAUCCCACCCCCCUCCCUUUCCCUCUGUAAUCUGUUCCUUGGGGGAAAGGAGGUGAAGAGUCCCUCAGUCCUCCCGGGAGCGAAGCUACCUUUGCCGGGCACAGAGUCUACGCGAGGCCGAGGAUUUUGCGGCCUGUAUUCCUCUCGGUCUCUGCUGAGAAGGUACCGCAGCUGCUUCUCCCCCCACAGUCCCUCCUUCUCUCCCUCACCAUCUUCUUGUGGCAAAAAAGGCCCCGCAGCCGGCUAGCUAGGAGUGAAGCCGAGCCACCACAGCAGAUAUGAUGGAAGAAUUGCAUAGCCUGGAUCCACGACGGCAGGAACUGUUGGAGGCCAGGUUUACUGGAGCAGGUGUUGCUAAGGGUCCCUUGAACAGUGAAUCUUCCAAUCAGAGUUUGUGCAGUGUGGGUUCUCUGAGUGACAAGGAGCUGGAGACUCCUGAAAAAAAACAGAAUGACCAGCGCAACAGGAAGAGGAAAGGUGAAUCCUUUGAGACCAGUCAAGGCAAAGUUACUCCAAGGGGACAUAAAAUUAGUGACUAUUUUGAGUUUGCCGGAGGAAGUGGUCCAGGAACAAGCCCUGGGAGAAGCGUGCCACCUGUUGCACGAUCAUCACCACAGCAUUCCUUAUCUAAUCCCUUACCUCGGCGAAUGGAGCAGCCGCUUUACGGGGUAGACAGCAGUGCAGCCAAGGAAGUGCCGGAGGAGCAUUCUGCUCUCCCAACACUGGUAUCGGCGAUGAUAGCGAAACAGCGGCUAGAGGGCGAGCAGCUGGCCCAGAGGGGUACAAGCCUCUGUUUUCCAUUUGCUUCGGCCCAGCAAGGCAGUCCUUCAUCAGCAGUUUCAGGGAACACAGAGCAUUCCUGCACCUCUCAAAAACAGAUUUCCGUCCAGCACAAACAGACACAGUCUGAUCUUACCAUGGAGAAAAUAUCUGCACUAGAAAACAGUAAGAACUCUGACCUGGAGAAAAAAGAAGGCAGAAUAGAUGAUUUAUUAAGGGCAAACUGUGACUUAAGACGACAGAUAGAUGAACAACAGAAAAUGCUUGAGAAGUACAAAGAACGGUUAAAUAGGUGUGUAACAAUGAGCAAGAAGCUACUUAUAGAAAAGUCAAAACAGGAAAAGAUGGCUUGCCGAGAUAAGAGUAUGCAGGAUCGGCUGCGAUUAGGUCACUUUGCUACAGUCCGGCAUGGGGCCUCUUACACGGAGCAGUGGACAGAUGGCUAUGCUUUCCAGAACCUAAUCAAGCAACAGGAAAGGAUAAAUUCCCAAAGGGAAGAAAUAGAAAGGCAACGGAAAAUGUUAGCAAAACGAAAGCCACCUGCCAUGGGGCAGGCCCCUCCAACCACCAAUGAGCAAAAGCAACGCAAAAAUAAGACCAACGGAGCAGAAAAUGAGACGUUAACAUUAGCAGAAUAUCAUGAACAAGAGGAGAUAUUCAAACUCCGGCUAGGUCAUCUUAAAAAGGAAGAAGCAGAGAUUCAAGCCGAACUAGAGCGAUUAGAACGGGUUAGAAAUCUGCAUAUCAGGGAAUUGAAAAGGAUACAUAAUGAAGAUAAUUCGCAGUUUAAAGACCAUCCAACACUAAAUGAUAGGUAUUUGUUGUUACACCUCCUAGGCAGAGGGGGAUUUAGUGAAGUAUAUAAGGCAUUUGACUUAACAGAACAGAGAUAUGUAGCAGUAAAAAUCCAUCAGUUAAAUAAAAACUGGAGGGAUGAGAAGAAAGAAAAUUACCACAAGCAUGCAUGUAGAGAGUAUAGAAUCCAUAAAGAGCUGGAUCAUCCUCGCAUAGUUAAAUUGUAUGACUAUUUCUCAUUGGAUACUGACUCGUUUUGUACAGUAUUAGAAUACUGUGAGGGGAACGAUCUGGACUUCUAUCUGAAACAGCACAAAUUAAUGACAGAGAAAGAAGCCCGAUCUAUAAUCAUGCAGAUUGUUAAUGCAUUAAAAUAUUUAAAUGAAAUCAAGCCACCCAUUAUUCAUUACGAUCUCAAACCAGGAAACAUCCUCUUGGUAAAUGGUACUGCAUGUGGUGAAAUUAAAAUCACUGACUUCGGCCUCUCAAAAAUCAUGGACGAUGACAGUUAUAAUUCAGUUGAUGGCAUGGAGCUGACAUCGCAAGGGGCUGGUACAUACUGGUAUCUGCCCCCUGAAUGUUUUGUGGUUGGGAAAGAGCCUCCAAAGAUUUCAAAUAAAGUUGAUGUUUGGUCUGUAGGAGUAAUCUUCUACCAGUGUCUUUAUGGCAGAAAGCCCUUUGGUCACAACCAAUCUCAGCAAGAUAUUCUGCAGGAAAACACCAUCCUUAAAGCUACAGAAGUGCAGUUUCCUCCUAAGCCAGUGGUAACACCAGAAGCAAAGGCAUUUAUUAGACGCUGCCUGGCAUAUAGGAAGGAAGAUCGGAUAGAUGUCCAACAAUUGGCAUGUGACCCCUACUUGCUUCCUCACAUCCGCAAGUCUGUAUCAACAAGCAGCCCAGCUGGAGCUGCUGUUGCCUCAACUUCUGGAUCGUCUAAUAACAGCUCUUCAAACUGAGCAGGAACAAUAGGCCAAAAAAGAUAUAUAUAUAACCGGAACUGCAGAAGGAAACCGAGAGAGUCAGACACGUUUUGAGAUGCAGCCUUGGGAUUGGCAAGGAGCCCACAAAAUGGCUUCAAGAAACCGGGAUCAGGUUCUUUGUUUUUCUCUUGCAUUCUUGUCCCAUCCGUAGAGCAAGGCAUCAUCGAUUCUCGGCAAGGAUCUAUGGCAACUUAAGUUAAGUGGCCAAGGAAAAGAAGAUUGGUUGGUCUUGUGCUAAGCAACUGCAAAGGCACUAACUGCUCUGGGCAGUGAAGGGGAAAAGAUAGUUCCAUGUACCGUGAACUUCCAAACACUACGGACCCAGAGUGCGGUUCCAUGAUGCAGGGUGCACACACUUCGUGUGGAGAAUUGCGGACUUGGCGGCAGGGUAAAGAGGCUGGACAUAGUCCACUGUCAAUAUUUAAAAAUAUGAUUUUUUUUUUUUUAAGACUACAUCUCAUUGGAGGGAAGGGGAAGAAACCACAUAGGUCAAUGCUGUGAGGUUUCACUGGAGGUUGGCAUAGGAUUCUUGUGCUCUCUACAAGAGAGUGCAGUGUCCUGCCUAUUGACAGCACCAGCAUUAGCAUGUUAUCCCAAAUAAUUUCAACUUCAGUAACAAUUUUAAUUGGUUUUCUGAAUACAAGGUGAAUUAAAUAGCAAGCCAGUGUGGCAGCCAUUUUUCCUUAGAUGACUUCAUAAUCCAUGAGAAAGGAAUGCAACGCAGAGAUUACAUUACAACUGUGAGCAUAGAUUUCUCUCCCCACUCAGCCUCCCAGGAAAGCUACUAUUUUGUCAGGAACUUGACGGUUGUCAGCUCCCACCUUUGAAUAAAUGUUGAGUUUCUUGUUUUUUUUUUAACUUUCCCUAUGUAGUUCUCUGACCCAUUCAUUGGUGUUUCCUUUAGAUAAUGGUGUUCUCUUUCAACAUGCACACAAAUGCUGGCUCUAGCAAACCCGUUAGCCAAAGUUCCCCUCUCCUAUCCUUCCUACUUUUUCCUACUUGCUGUCUGCAUUGUCUCGGAUGCAUUUGCUGCAUUUACAUCUCAAAGGAAGUGUAUCUUCAAUAAGAGGCAGACUUUUCUAAUCUUCUUUCUUGUGUUUAAUUUUCUUCUAUCAGUUAAGAGGUGUUUUUUAAUACUCUUUAACUUUUUCAUCUUCUACAAAAAACAUUAAAAACCAAAGAAGAAUCCAGUUGCUUGAAACUUGUGGCAAGAUGCUACUCCUGCAAAUAGCUGAAAGGACGUUUGCUGGAAAUUAUUUAAGCAGUACUGUAUGAUCAAGCACCCUGGCACAGACCUCAGUUCUUCAUUUACAGCUGAUGAUCUCAGUCCUCCUUUAGCUUCCUAUGGGUAAUAGCGCAAAUAGAAGGAGUCAGGGCAAGAUAAAAGGGGCCAAACAUUUUGAAAGUCAAGAGAAUUAGGAAGAGAGAGUUGGAAAUAAAGGCUUUGUAUGUAAACAAGUAUGAGGUCACUUCUAGCUACAUUUGAGGAUCAGGUGAUUAACACCUAGUCAUUAGGUGCAUUUGGGCUCCCCACCCUUCCUUCUGAGGCACCACAGUGCAUGCACCAUUUGGCCAAAGAUGAUCCUCAUUCUUAAAUGGAAUUAAAUGCUUAAAUGGAACUAAAUGAGCCUGCACAAAGAGUAAGGAAACAAUCACAGCUGAAGAUAUUAUAAGAAGGCUGACAAUGUCUCCUUUAAAAAAUUAUCCCCCAAACAGAUGCUAUGACUAUCUUCAGAGUGGGAGGUUCUGAUCAGUGUGAACAGAUCUGUGGUCAGAGCUUUGGAGGGACUGCAUCUUCCUUUUGUCUUUCACUCUCAAUCACAGUUCUUACUUCUUCCUUUAGAGAAACAGCUGAUACUUAAACAUCUUUUACUGGAGACAGAAAGGUGGUCUCCAGGCUUAUCUAGAUUUCUAGUGGACUACAUCCUUUGCACCCAUUUCUCCCAAUAAAGUUGUUAAUUACCUCUUGAAAACUAUGAAAGAGUGAAACAAUAGUUUCUCUUCUCCCCUCCUCCCAGCCUUCAAUUUGCUUUCUUGUCUUAAAAGAAACCAACCCACACUUCUGUUUCUUUCAGGGCUCAUCUGUGCCAGGGUUACUCAUAGCUCUUUCACCAAAAUGCAGCUUACAUUAAAUGGUAAAACGCAUAGGCAGAAUCACUGCUGCCAUGACAAGAUACGGCUGCUUUCAGCUUGUUUGGACAGUAAAGGUUGACCCCUUAUCUCACCCAUUUUGAGAUAGGGCUUGUUUUAUUUUUCCAUGGCUGAAUUCAAGACAUGAAAGAUGGUCCAUGUCAGUGCUCAGGUCUAACAUUGUAGCUUUUUGUUUUCCCCUACUUAAGUCUUCACUUUGGAUAGAUAGAAAUCUGCAUUUCACACUUUAUUAUUUAAUUGAUUCUUGAUCAUCAGUAGAGAAUCCUAUCCCAAAUGAGACUUACAGUACUUAAUUUUUUUUAAAAAAGAAUCUCCAUCUUAAUUUUUAAAAUCACAGCUUGACUUCCCCUCACCCUCCACUCACCCAUUGAAUAGUAGCUGUCAGAUAUUUUGAUCUUCAUUAGUUGUACCUGAGCAGAAGCUUCUACCCUUUUCAUGGAGUUCAUCACUGAAGCAGGCUAAAUCACUCUGGAUGAGAAAUACAGACUGUGACUUUUUCAUGUUUUUUUAAAGCUGUUGCUGAACUGGGUUUUAUUUCAGGUAUCCAAGCCUUUUUAUUGCCACACUGUUCAUUUUACUGAAAGGGAAAAGGAAAGGUGUAUGGAUUUGUAACUUGAAACUAGGCCAGACUGUUUUGGCUUUGCCCAACAGACAAAAUACGGAUAUUAAACAAGUUUUAAAAAAUGGAAA